UGUCCCAUCAUUGGUGUCAGUUGGAGGAAUAGCACCCCAUCAUUGGUGUCAGUGGGAGGAAUAGCACCCCAUCAUUGGUGUCAGUGGAGGAAUUGCGCCCCAUCAUUGGUGUCAGUGGGAGGAAUAGCACCCAUCAUUGGUAUCAGUGGGAGGAAUAGUGCCCCAUUAUUGGUGUCAGUGGGGAGGAAUAGUGCCCCAUCAUUGGUGUCAGUGGGAGGAAUAGUGCCCCAUCAUUGGUAUCAGUGGGAGGAAUAGUGCCCCAUCAUUGGUAUCAGUGGGGAGAAUAGUGCCCCAUCAUUGGUGUCAGUGGGAGGAGAAUAGUGCCCCAUCAUUGGUGUCAGUGGGGAGAAUAG